UUCUGGAACAUUACAGAUGGAUUGCAGCAGCCAGAUUACUUUUUUCCCAGCAGCCAAGAAUCAACAUUCUUAUGGCCACCAUUAUCUUUUCAGUCUCACGUAUAAUUCAGAAUAGGCCAUUGUUAUUUGCAAGAUCGGGAGUAAUCAGUUUACUCCAACAACCUGGUAGUUCAAGAAACAAUUUGUCGACUACGCAACAAAAACCACGCACACCAUUUCAGCAGAUUGAGCGACAGUUUGACAAGGUUGCUUCUUUUGCUACUGCAACUAAAGUAAAACUCGUUGGCGAAAUGGAGAAAGAAAAAAUUGUACCGGAAGUUGUAGAUCAAGUCCCGAAAUCCGUUUUGGUUGUUAAAUAUGGAAGCAAUGAGGUCAAGUUGGGUAAUGUGCUUACGCCGACCCAGGUGCAGAAUCCACCCACAGCUAUUGACUGGGAGGCUGACUCGAACAAGUUUUACGUUCUCUGCAUGACGGAUCCGGAUGCUCCCAGCCGAAAAGACCCCAAGUUCAGGGAAUGGCAUCAUUGGCUUGUUGGAAACAUACCUGGUAAAGACAUCUCCAAGGGCGAAGUGCUCAGCGAAUAUGUGGGCUCGGGCCCGCCUGAAGGGACAGGACUGCAUCGCUACAUUUUUUUGGUUUAUGAACAACCCAAAACAUUGACAUUUGAUGAAAAGCGACUUACCAACCGAUCCGGAGAUCAUCGUGGAAAGUUUUCUAUUCGAAAUUUUGCAAAAAAGUAUGCGUUGGGGGAACCCGUUGCUGGAAACUUUUACCAGGCAGAAUGGGACAGCUAUGUCCCCAAGCUAUAUCAGCAAUUGAGCGGAGAAUAGACUCGUUCCAAACGUCUGACCUAUAUUUGAAACUCUUUCACUAUUAUGAAGUAGCAUGUAGUCCUACGCAUGUCGAAAAGGUAUCAAAGCUACAUAUGCCAAUUAUCAAUAAUUGUCGAAUUAUAUCAUUCAGAAUAAAAGUAAUAAAUAAUAUUGGCAACUAA